CCCCCCUCAACCUUAAGGCAGGGGGUGGGAGAGGAUGGUGGCGACACCGCGUCUGGAACAACCUGACUUCCCCCCUCCCUCCCCAGUCAGCUUCAUAUAGAAUAAUAUGGACCAAGAACCAAGUGCUGAAGUAGCGCAGGAUCUGCUGUCUGCGGCGCACGCACACUUUCAGGAGCGGAGAUUUGAGCAGGCAGAGGAGCUCUACAGCCGCUUCCUCCAGCACUGCGCAUGCUGCGGUGGGAGCAAAUGCAGAGAUCUUGCAACUGCACUUAACAACAGGGGACAGAUCAAGUACCUGAGAGUCGACUUCUACGAAGCGAUGGAUGAUUACACAUCAGCUAUAGAAGCCCAGCCUGAUUUUGAAGUACCAUAUUAUAACAGGGGUUUAAUAUUAUAUAGGCUAGGAUAUUUCGAUGAAGCCCUGAAGGACUUCAAGAAGGUCUUAGAGAUAAACCCCAACUUUGAAGAUGCUUCUUUGAGCUUGAAGCAGACUAUUAGGGAUAAAGAAGAAAAACAAAAAAGAGCCUAUUAAAAAUAUACUGCCGUUGAUGGGAAUCCUGUUUUGUGGACUUGAGACUGAAUCAUUUGAAAAAGUGAUAGCAGGAAAACUGUUCUCUUUCUAUUCAUCCCCUUCCCUUAUUUUACCUCUGGCCCCAAAAAGGAGGAAAAAAUUAUCUGAAUAAUAAAUAAAUGUAUGUGCUGUAAUUAAAAUGUAAACUGUAUAUACAUUGUAGUAUUUCUGUAAUAGCAGGGCUGAACAAAAGCACAAUUAUGAACCUUGUCUGAGAUGCUGUUCAUUGUAAGCUAAAAUGGUUUAUAAUAUAAACUUUAUAUAUAACACAACACAUGUAUUUAGUAAAGAAUA